AUGGUCUUCGAGGAUGAGAGCAGCGACGACUUGUCCAGCCUGCAGAUCUCCUCCGACGACGACGGUAUGCAUUAUCAGAUUCCUGCUAGCAUUGAAGACCAAGACUACAAUGGCUUGGAGAAGGCACCAGAGGGGCUCUGCGUGGAGCAUCGGCUGCCAACUGAGCGCCGUGUAGCUUUUGAAUCAUUUGAGACGGGCAGGAGGUUUCAAGAAGGACUGCUAGGAGGAAGGAUAACAGAAAGUUCACUUACUAUCCACCACCUUAAAGAAGAGAAAAGGAAUAUGGAUGCCAACUAUGACAAACUAGUUGAAGAUGUCCAUCAACUUCUCAAUGCACAGGAGGACACAGUGUUGGAUUUCAGCUAUGUGCAAGCUAAGGAGAAGAGAGCUGAGGUUUCCAGUGCAUCAGCUGUGGCUGGCAUGAAGAGUGAGAUGGAGAAGAAAGAGGCAGAGAACUUUAAGCUGAAAGAGAAGUAUAAAGUGCUGAUGGACCUGGUAGAAGCUCAAGGCGGUGUCAUUAGGAACCUGAAGAUGAAUCAUUUGAAAGAGAAGGAAAAGCUAACUGUAGGCAACAACAAUUUAAAGAUUCAGGUUGAUGAGCUCACCAAGUCUGUGAAAAAACUCACAGAAGAGAAUGUGCAGCUGAACCUUCACAUGUCUGAUCUCAAGAGGGGACAUGAGAAUCUGAUAAAACGCAUGGAUGAAUUAAAGCUCCAGCUAGCUGUUCAGUUCAAUUCACUGGAGAAGAGCAAAGAGAAGUUGAAGUUGAUCCAUGACAUCUUGAAGGAAUGA